GCAAUCAUUCUUCAAACCAUUUUUCCAUAACGUUACAGUUAAAAGCAGUGGUAUUAGCACGACGUCGGUGAAGAUGAGUAAAAGUAUUCCAGAUCGGUGGAUACCGUACAAAGCAUGUGGAAAAGUAAUAGAAGGAACAAGGAUUGUUUGCUUCAAAGUUCCUCUCAGGAAGGGUGUCCAGGAACACAAUAAGGCUAUAAAAGAAAUAUGGGACAUCAAAACGCUCCUGAAUAAAUUUCCAAAUUUGGGAGCGGUUGUGGACCUAACCAACACGGCGCGCUAUUAUAAUCCAGGGGAGCUGCGAGAAGCCGGCGUUCUGCACAAGAAAAUUUUAAUGCCUGGCAGAGUAAUACCGCCCGAGAACAAAGUGAUACAAUUUAUGGAUACCAUUGACGAAUUCUUGGGAAAAGACUGCGACAUCCUGAUCGGCGUACACUGCACACAUGGGCUCAAUAGGACAGGCUACAUGGUGUGUCGGUAUAUGCGCGAUCGUCUCGGGAUACAGGCCGACGAUGCCAUCAGCAGGUUUGAAAAGGCCAGAGGUUACAAGAUCGAACGUGAAAACUACGUAGCAGAUCUUUUGGGAAAGAUGGCGCCUCCUCCUGAUGUCGGCAAGCAAAAUACUAUGAUAAAACCGAUCAACGACCAUGAUCAAGAGGACGACGUCUCCAAACCCAGACAUAAUAAACGAUGGGGAUUCAACAAUCGGUCUGGUCAUGAUAAUUGGCGGAAACGGGACAAUCAAGAUGGCGGUUCGGGAUAUGGCAAUCGAUGGAGCAAUGACAACCAGUCGAAGGAUGUCAAUAGCUCAGGACGUGAUAAUGAAUCGGGAUAUACUAAUCGGUCGGGAUCUGGUAAUCAGUAUGAUAAACGAUCUCUACAAUACAGGUCGCCUCUAGAUCAAUGUGACGAUAUGGAGCAUCAAGACCAAGAAGAAUAUAAUGAGUACAGAAAAAGAUUUAAAUAUAACCCUUACAGUCGUAAUCGAAACAGAAACAACAGUAAUGAUACUCCUACCUCAGGCAGGAGUAGUAGCAAAUGGGAUAUGUCGGGGGCGUCUCAUAGACCUCGUUAGAUGAAUAUAUAAGCAGUAUAAAGUUUGACGGCUAGGAGACUACGGUUUACAUAUUUUGACGCACGGUUAUUGUGACCAGUCAUAAAUAUAAAACAAUGUCAAACAAAAUAACAAUGGCAUUAAUUUAAAAUUGCCAACCUAAAUAAUGGAAGCGUGCACGAUGGCAGCGCCGCUUAGCGUUCGCAACUACUGGGGAGCUGUCAAAUAAUGAGCUCAACAAAAUAAAAAAUAUUUCUUAAAAUUUUUUACUAUAAUACAGUUACCAAUGUGCGGAAUCUUUUCGUUUUUAAUGUUAAACACACUUGACUUUUGCUUUACUCAAAAUAGUCAGAAUCUGUGUAUUUUAUAUUAUUCGGGUAAUUUUCUUCGUCGUUGUUUCGUUACAAAUUCAAUGAAAAAUGUAUGUUUCAUUAUGUUUUGAUGGCCCACUUCGUGAUCCUCUUCCUGGGGAUGCAUAUGAUGCUUUCAAGUAUAAAAGUUUUGCCCUUCUUCACAGGUUUUAAUCAACUCAUUUUAUGUUAAAACAUAUGUUCUUUCGCUUUUCACAAUGUUUGUUGUGACAGACGACAGACAACUCUGCGUACCAAAAGUAUGUUUCUGACGGGCUUUCAGUAACUGUCAUUAUAACUAAUAUUACAAUUACCUAAUGUUGGUACACUGUAUUAGCCAUACUAUUUUAUUAACAUCCAAGCAAAACUCUGCGUUGACAUAGACUAGAUAAAAUGUUUAGCCGUUACGUUGGUAAGCCUGGAAUAAUACUAUAUGAUAUAAAAGCCUAAUUUCUAGCUCGCUGUUGGAAAUAUAUAAACUUUACUAUUACUGUUUCGUUUACCAUUUAUCAGCUAUCGUUAUUUUUAUCGUAAAUAUGAUUUUAAAGCAAAAAACGUGAACAAAAUAACGGAAUAGUAUGGGAAUUGACAGAACCACACGUAGCAUUUUAGCCAUAUUUGGCCACAACCCGCUUUGCACGCUUCCAAUAAGUAAGGCAUAUGUUCCCAACAAAAUGCAUAAUAAAUUUACAUGUUUGUUUAAUUAAAUAAUCAGCUGCUGGACGGUAUUUUUUUUACAUACAAAAUUUAUAGAUAAUUUUUGAAUUAAUUAUUUGAUUAACAUAAGUGCGCAUAGUUUAUCAAAUCAGUAGGUGCCCAAAAUAUAAGGAACGGGGUGCGCCUUUUUCAAUGAAUUAUAUUGUACCUACCCAAUCUACCUAUCUGUUCGAUUUUAUUUUACUCGUAUGUCACCGUUCAGACUCACUGCUUAUAAGUUCGGUAACUUGAAUGUGAAUGUGUUCAUCAGACUCAUUGCUUAGUUUGUUAACUUGAAAACCCAUUUAUGCUAAUUUAAUCAUUAAAAGUAUUUUGCUUAUUUACCGAAAAAUAAACCUUUUUGAUGAAUAAAAUGCUAGUACUA